AUGAUCUUAACUGGCAAUUCAUAUUUACUUGCCCUAAUAUUUGGAUGCAUUAUGUUGAGUUUUAAUAUAUUUAGAUUGGAAAAUGAUUUUAAACGAAUUGAAUAUCAAGAUUCUUUUUGUAUAUUUCGAAGUUAUAUGGGAUAUGUUUCGGCUACUCUAUUCAAUUAUUCAUUUGUAUUACAAGCUGUUUAUCGAUAUAUUCUUAUUAUGUAUCCGAUGCAUCUAUUUUGGCAAUCAGCAAAAUUCCAAACCUUCUUCACUGCUUUCAUCUGGAUAUUAGGUUUUACAUAUCCUCUGGCAUUUAUAUUUACUGGUGAUAUCAUCUAUGAUGUGAAUAAUCAGGUGUGUCAAAUACCUCUUCAAUUGUCCUUUCCAGUAGUUUAUAUCGCAAGUUUAGGUGCUAUAUUUCCUAUUUUAUUGAUUAUGUUUAUUUAUUUUAAAUUAGUUCAAUAUGUUCAUAAAAUGAGUAAACGUAUAAUACCGGUCAAUACAUUAUUUCGUGCACGACGAGAAUUAAAAAUGGUUCGACGUACGGUUAUAUUAAUUUCAAUUCUAAUCACAGUUACUUUUCCUUAUGUUAUAUUUAUGUUCAUGUCAUUUUUUAAGCGUCAACCAAAAUCUUACUUUCGAAUUGCUGAUGCCUUCAGUGAUUUAUCGUUAUUUUUAGUAAUAAUUACUUUAUUUCAGUUUACUGAACCACUUAAAACUUCUGUGAUGAAAAGAGUAAAUGGACGAGUAAAUAUGGUAACGACAUAG